AUGGGAAAGGCAGGAAAAGACCGCAAGCGAAGACGCCUCUUGGCAGAAGUCACCGCUACAAGCGUCGGAGCUCACCACCUGAAGGACAACCAGGAAAAUAUCGACUCUUCUGCCGAUACCUUGGAGCACUCAAAGACCUUUGGCGGUAUUGUCUCGGACGAGGAUAUGGCCACCACCCUCAGAACCCUCCUCGCCAUGGAGCAACACACCGACGUCUUCCGCUCAAAGUCCUGCAAGGCCCUUCGUGCUGUCGUCCAUCAGCUUCAGCACACCGCUACAGCCACCACUGGCACGGGACAAACGCCAAUCGGUCGUAUCUCUGAUGCUUUGGUUGACGGUCGUUGGAACGAUGCCAUGACGGCAUUGGAGGAGAUGCGGACAAAAGGACAGGUGCCCAAACUAGGUGCUCUUCAGAGAUGGGUCCGCGACUGCGACGCAGCUUCGGCCAAGAACGGAGAGUUUGGUGACCCUGUUGUCCUUCGGGUCCUGGACUCGAUGCUCCGCACCGUCGAUCCCUCGAUGGUGCCCCAAAAGCUGUCUGGAGAAGAGGAUGAGCAUCCUGUUCGUACUCACCCCAUGUGGCAGGCUUAUCCUCGGUUGGAGGAUAACGUGCAAAAGUAUGACGCUGCCCUGAACAACACCCUCUUCACCGAAGAAGAAGGAGAGCAUUACAGGUCUUCGUUCAAGAUCGUCGCCCAUACCAAAGGCCCCCUCCGCCGGACGCCCAAUGUGCACGAUUUCACACUCUAUCUCUCCAACCCAGGCACCAUCCGCCUUUGCUACCAAGACAACCUUUUGGCACAACCGCCCGUCGAGCGGAUCAACAUGCCCCAUGUCCCCGGCGCAUUCUUGCUUAAAGACGUCUUGACCCGCAAGGAGUGCCAUCAAAUGAUCUCUGCCGCAGAGGCUGUUGGUUUCACACCCGACGUUCCCAUGGUCGGCACUGCUUCCGAGUCCAUCUCGGUCCUGGCACACAACUUUUUCUGGAUGGCUGAUGACCAGCUGUUGGGACAUAUCUUUGACCGCUGCAAGCCCCACUUCCCAGAGACCAGCGGAGAUGGUCAUGGAGCUGUGGGACUCAACUCUAGGUGGAGGGUGUACCGCUAUGUUCCCGGAGCCAUCUACCGUCCACAUGUCGAUGGUCAAUGGCCUGGAAGUGGACUGAACCCUGUCACGGGCGAGUACAUGUAUGACGCCUACAACGGCACAAGAUGGUCUCGCUUGACCUUCUUGGUCUACCUGAACGACGAGUUCGAGGGCGGUGGAACCACCUUCUUCACACCCUCGGCAGAUGUUGGGUUCUUGGAUGCCAGGGCCAACUCUCCUCGGGCUGGAAGUGUCCUGGUCUUCCCCCACGGUGAGGCAAAGGGAAGUCUCCUCCAUGAGGGCUCGCCUGUCUUGAAGGGCGCCAAGUACAUCAUUCGAGCCGAUGUCCUCUACGAAGUCCCUGUCCGAUCGUAA